AUGGCGGAGUCCCACCCUCGGAAGCUUCCACAGGAGAUACUUUUAUUCCAGAUACUACCAAAGAUGCCGGUGGAAGCUCUACCCAGUUUAAUGUGUGUUUGCAAGAAAUGGUACUUGUUCCUAAAAUCGGGUGCUUUUGCGAGCGCAUUAAUCGAUGAUCAUGAAAAUCACCACAAACACCUCGUAUUACCUACCACCGAUGGAUAUACAUUCAGUAGCAUAGACUGCGAAGCACCUAAAGAUGGUUUAACCAUGGGCCGUUUUCCAUUUCUUUUACCAAUUAAUAAGAGGCACAUGAUAAACAUAUCGAUUUUAACAUCUGUGCAUGGACUGUUAUGCAUAGGUACAAUCAAGCACGAAAAUCCUGACAUAUAUUCUGAUCUAACUUUAUGGAAUCCUUUCACAAAUGACAAUAAGAGUCUAUCUAACACGAGUUGCGAUACACAAGGGAUAUUUGGGUUGUAUUAUAUCUCUGGUGAUGACGACUACAGGCUUCUACAUGUAACCCAUCAUCCCAAUAUUUAUAUAUACUCGUUAAAAUCGGACUCAUGGAGAAAUGUUGAGUCAUCUGAGGACUUCAAACAAAUGGCUUCCGACUGGACUGAACCUGGAAAUUACUGGACUAAACCUGGAGAUUACUGGGAGCACCCAAGUCAUUUUCUAUUGAAUGAAAAACUCUAUUUCUUAAAACAAGUUGAAACAGAACCAGAAAGCUUUAUUCGGUCUUAUUCAGUUAUGAGAUUCGACACAAAGACUGAAAAGUUCACAGAGAUAGCAAUGCCCUCUUUCGGAAAUCAAAUGACCAACUGUUUGGGUUUCAUGGUUCUUAAAGGAUGCGUCCACUUCUGUGUCGCCAUUCUCAUUGGGGAAGAAAGCGAUAUGACAAGCGAAUAUUGUAAUGAAAUGAUCGAGUUGUGGAAGAUGGAUGGAGAUGGAGAUGGAGAUUGGACGAAGGUGUUAACUUAUGGCCCAAUUUCGUUUUUUCCAUGGAGUAAAUCGCUAAUACACUUGAUGAGAAACGGAAAUUUGCUCAUUCAUGCUGAACGUAAUGUUUACCGAUUAGAUAUGAAGAAGAACACCAAAGAAAUAGUGUUUACGUGUGAAGAUAUGGAUUCCAAAAUCUCUCCGAUAGGGAAAUACAUCGAGUCUACAGUGUCACUCAACAAAGACGUAGUAUCCAAAUGGUUUUUUACAAUAAAUGGGUUAGAGUGGUGUACUGUUACAUCGUGGAAGGAGUAUGAGGCAUAUGAGAGAUCUAUGAUUGAGAAGUAUGGAGAGGACAUCAUUCAGCAUACAGGGGAUAAUGUUGAAUUGUGGGAAAAAAGUCAGAUAGGGAAAAAGAAGAGUCAUGUUUUUGGAAUAGGAUACUCGGAUCUUAAAUUUGUAGCGACACGGAGACCUUCUUACGGGUGUGCCAUGUCCUCCUUUGACUACACGCAAUUGCAGCAGCAGUUACACAAUGGAAUCAUGGAACAUCGAUUCUCGGAUUUAAAGAUAAGUGUUGGGCUCGAUGCGUAA